AUGUCUUACACCGUUCGCAAGAUCGGCCAGGCCAACACCCUGGAACACCGUGUCUACAUUGAGAAGGAUGGCGUCCCAGUUUCUCCCUUCCACGACAUUCCCCUCUACGCCAACCCUGAGCAGACCAUCCUCAACAUGGUUGUUGAGAUUCCCCGCUGGACCAACGCCAAGCAGGAGAUCUCUAAGGAGGAGUUCCUGAACCCCAUUAAGCAGGAUGUCAAGAAGGGCAAGCUCCGUUUCGUCCGUAACUGCUUUCCCCACAAGGGUUACCUGUGGAACUACGGUGCCUUCCCCCAGACCUGGGAAGACCCCAAUGUUGUUCACCCCGAGACCAAGGCCAAGGGUGACAACGACCCGCUCGAUGUCUGCGAGAUCGGUGAGCUUGUUGGCUACCCCGGUCAGGUCAAGCAGGUCAAGGUGCUUGGUGUGAUGGCUCUGCUCGACGAGGAGGAGACCGACUGGAAGGUCAUUGUCAUCGAUAUCAACGACCCUCUUGCCCCUAAGCUCAACGACAUUGAGGAUGUUGAGCGUCACCUUCCUGGCCUUCUCCGUGCUACCAACGAAUGGUUCCGUAUCUACAAGAUCCCCGAUGGAAAGCCCGAGAACCAGUUUGCCUUCUCUGGCGAGUGCAAGAACAAGAAGUACGCUCUCGAUGUUAUCCGCGAGUGCGCUGAUGCUUGGGAGAAGCUCAUCACCGGCAAGAGCCCUCGUGGCGAUAUCAGCCUUGCCAACACUGCUGUUGAGAACUCCCCUGACCGUGCCGACCCCGCCCAGCUUGCCAGCAUCCCUAAGGGCGAUAACCUGCCUCCUGCCCCCAUUGAAGGCACCAUUGACAAGUGGUUCUUCAUCUCUGGUGCUGCUGUUUAA